AUGAGUGGAGCGACUCGGAAUUACAAAAACAAUCUCCCUGCCCCAAUCUCCCUGACCGUCCCACACCUCCCUGCUCGUCCCACCCAUACAUCCCUGCCUUCCCCAUACCUCUCCCUGCCUGCCCCAUACCUCUCCCUGCCUGCCCCAUACCUCUCCCUGCCUGCCCCAUACCUCUCCCUGCCUGCCCCAUACCUCUCCCUGCCUGCCCCAUACCUCUCCCUGCCUGCCCCAUACCUCUCCCUGCCUGCCCCAUACCUCUCCCUGCCUGCCCCAUACCUCUCCCUGCCUGCCCCAUACCUCUCCCUGCCUGCUCCAUACCUCUCCCUGCCUGCCCCAUACCUCUCCCUGCCUGCCCCAUACCUCUCCCUGCCUGCCCCAUACCUCUCGCUGCCUGCCCCAUACCUCUCGCUGCCUGCCCCAUACCUCUCCCUGCCUGCCCCAUACCUCUCCCUGCCUGCCCCAUACCUCUCCCUGCCUGCCCCAUACCUCUCCCUGCCUGCCCCAUACCUCUCCUUGCCUGCCCCAUACCUCUCCCUGCCUGCCCCAUACCUCUCCCUGCCUGCCCCAUACCUCUCCCUGCCUGCCCCAUACCUCUCCCUGCCUGCUCCAUACCUCUCCCUGCCUGCCCCAUACCUCUCCCUGCCUGCCCCAUACCUCUCCCUGCCUGCCCCAUACCUCUCGCUGCCUGCCCCAUACCUCUCGCUGCCUGCCCCAUACCUCUCCCUGCCUGCCCCAUACCUCUCCCUGCCUGCCCCAUACCUCUCCCUGCCUGCCCCAUACCUCUCCCUGCCUGCCCCAUACCUCUCCCUGCCUGCCCCAUACCUCUCCCUGCCUGCCCCAUACUUCCAAGUGGUUGCUUAG